AUGUUAAAUCAUUUCACAUUGCUUCUGAUACCAGUUACUGCAAUUUCACUAAACAAUCUGAAAUCGAAUUGUAACUGUCAAUCAUCAUCAUCAUCAUGUAUACGAUCAAUACAUUGUUCAAAUGGAUCAUCAACUAACAGUAUUAAUCAACGGAUCAGUAAAAAAAUUCAACUUGGCAAACUAAAAUUGAACAAACAAGAAGAACUACCAAUAUCAAACGUAAAAGGUCGUAAAUUAUCACGUAUCCUAAAGCGUUCCACAAAGGUACAAAGCUCACCUGUACAAUUAUUAUCAAAAUAA